GGCGCAGGCGGCGGCGGAGCGCGGGGCGCCAGCGGCGGGUCCAGCUGCCGCCGCACCAUGCCCGAGCCCACCUCCGGGCAGCCGCGGCGCGCCGCCGGGGCCCCGGCCGGGGAGGAUGCCAGACGCCCGGGAGCGGCCAGGGCAGCGGUGGUGGCGGCGGCGGCGGCGCGAUGGUAGUGACAGGCUGUGCCCGAGGCGGCGGCGGCGGCGGGGACCGCGCGCCCUCCCGGCGGCGGGGCUGCGGACUCGCGCCGGCCGGGGCCGCGGCGCUGCUGGCCGGGGCGAGCUGCCUGUGCUACGGCCGCUCCCUGCAGGGCGAGUUCGUGCACGACGACGUGUGGGCGAUCGUGAACAACCCCGACGUGCGGCCCGGCGCCCCCCUCCGCUGGGGCAUCUUCACCAACGACUUCUGGGGCAAGGGCAUGGCCGAGAACACCAGCCACAAGUCCUACCGACCGCUCUGCGUCCUCACCUUCAAGCUGAACGUAUUUUUGACUGGUAUGAACCCAUUCUACUUUCAUGCAGUGAAUGUGAUUUUGCACUGCCUAGUGACUCUUGUCCUGAUGUACACCUGUGACAAAGCUGUCUUCGGGAAUCGCAGACUUGCUUUUGCUACGGCGUUGCUGUUUGCUGUGCAUCCUAUCCACACGGAGGCAGUGGCUGGAAUUGUUGGCAGAGCUGACGUGUUAGCAUGCCUGCUGUUUCUGUUGGCCUUUCUCUCCUACAAUAGGAGUGUGGACCAGCGUCAUGUUGGGGAAUGUUUCCCUCCCACGGUGUCUCCCUUCUUCUUGCUGCUCAGUUUGUUGCUGGGGACCUGUGCGAUGCUGGUGAAGGAGACCGGCAUCACAGUGUUUGGAGUGUGCCUGGUUUAUGAUCUCUUUUCCCUAUCCCACAAGCAAGAGAAAUCGAGCAAUGGGGUCAUCCAUCAGCGCAGCCCGCAGCAGCCUGCGAGUCCCCCGCCCCCGUCACUGCCCCCGCAGCCUCACCGGGAGAACGGGAAGCAGCAUCGAUUUCCUCACCGAGGAGCUUGGGGUGGCUGCCACUCACCAUCGCCACCAGAACCCAAGAGCAGUGGAUUCCCAGUGUCUCCUGGAGCUAUGUGGUCCAUGAUGAGGUACUUGACAGCAAGGACCAAUAGAAAUUUCCUGCUUACCAUGAGGCCAUUCUUAAAAAGGGCCACUUUGGUCAUAACUUAUGUGAUUGUCGUUUUGUACUUCCGUCUGUGGAUAAUGGGAGGAUCUAUGCCCCUCUUUUCAGAGCAGGAUAAUCCAGCUUCAUUUUCGCCUUACAUUCUUACAAGGUUCCUUACCUACUCCUACCUCUUGGCCUUCAACGUGUGGCUUCUGCUUGCACCUGUUACCCUGUGCUAUGACUGGCAGGUGGGCAGUAUUCCCCUGGUAGAGACCAUAUGGGACACACGGAACUUGGCCACCAUCCUCCUGGCAGUUGUGAUGACCUUACUGAGCCUUCAUUGUUUAGCAGCCUUCAAGAGACUGGAGCACAAGGAAGUUUUAGUGGGCUUGUUGUUCCUGGUUUUCCCGUUCAUUCCAGCCAGCAAUCUCUUCUUCAGGGUGGGUUUUGUGGUGGCCGAGAGAGUCCUUUACAUGCCUAGCAUGGGCUACUGCAUCCUUUUUGUGCACGGACUGAGCAAGCUGUGCACUUGGCUGAAUCGAUGCGGGGCCACCACCCUGACUGUGUCCACUGUGUUGCUGCUGUUGCUUUUCUCUUGGAAAACGGUGAAACAGAAUGAAAUUUGGCUGUCAAGAGAGUCCCUAUUCAGGUCUGGAGUUCAAACUCUGCCCCACAAUGCCAAGGUUCACUACAACUACGCCAAUUUCCUGAAGGAUCAAGGUCGGAACCGGGAAGCGAUCUACCACUACAGAACAGCCCUCAGGUUGUAUCCUCGCCACGCCAGUGCCCUGAACAACCUCGGAACGCUGACAAGAGACACAGCAGAGGCAAAGAUCUACUAUCAGAGGGCUCUCCAGCUAAAUCCACAGCACAACCGAGCUCUUUUCAAUCUUGGGAAUCUCCUCAAGUCCCAGGAGAAAAAAGAAGAGGCUAUCACCUUAUUGAAGGACUCCAUUAAAUACGGUCCAGAGUUUGCAGAUGCAUAUUCAAGCUUAGCUUCAUUGCUGGCCGAGCAGGAGAGAUUUAAGGAAGCUGAGGAAAUAUAUCAGGCUGGAAUAAAGAACUGUCCAGACAGCUCAGACUUACACAACAACUAUGGGGUUUUCUUAGUUGAUACCGGCUCUCCGGAGAAGGCAGUGGCCCAUUACCAGCAGGCCAUCACACUCAGUCCAAGUCAUCACGUAGCUAUGGUGAAUCUGGGGAGACUCUACAGGUCAUUGGGUGAGAACAGUUUGGCCGAAGAAUGGUAUAAACGCGCACUGCAGGUGUCCCGCAAAGCUGAGAUAUUAUCACCUUUGGGAGCGCUGUAUUAUAACACUGGCCGAUACGAGGAAGCUCUGCAGAUCUACCGGGAAGCUGCGGCCCUCCAGCCUUCUCAAAGGGAGCUCCGCCUGGCCCUGGCUCAGGUUUUGGCCGUAAUGGGUCAGACAAAAGAAGCUGAAAAGAUGACCAACCACAUCGUGUCAGAGGAGACUGGAUGCCUCGAAUGCUACCGCCUGUUGUCAGCAAUCUACAGCAAGCAGGAGCGCCACGACAAGGCACUCGAUGCUAUAGACAAAGCUCUCCAGCUGAAGCCAAAGGACCCUAAAGUCGUAUCUGAACUUUUUUUCACAAAAGGAAACCAACUAAGAGAGCAGAAUCUUCUGGAUAAAGCUUUUGAGAGCUACAAAGCAGCCGUGGAACUGAAUCCAGAUCAAGCACAGGCCUGGAUGAACAUGGGUGGAAUCCAACACAUCAAGGGAAACUAUGUGUCCGCAAGAGCUUAUUAUGAGAGAGCCUUACAGCUGGUUCCAGACAGCAAACUGCUGCAGGAAAAUCUCGCCAAACUGGAUCGCCUAGAAAAACGAUUACAAGAAGUUCGAGAAAAGGAUCAAACAUAAGCAGCACUGGAACCAGUCUCGAGGGACAGUGCUGGUGCCUCUGGAAGAGGAAAAAGUGAUGCAGGCUCGCUUUCACAGCAGCAGGGGGGCAACAAAGAAGCUUUCCUGUCUCUCUGCGUUCAGGGGGGCACAUUUAGGGACACCCGCUGGCACCUCAGUGCUGAGGGACUUGCAUUUCCAUGGAAGAAGACUGAAAGAGCAAGCAAGAGCCAGGCCUGAGAGGAAGGAAAACAACUACUACACGUUUUGCAGAUUUUUGUUGGCUUUAAUUCCAGAUUUCCCUUCGUCUAUUUCUCUGCUUUCCCAGCCUGAGAAGCUAAUUCCAUCUCUUAGUGUAGACUUUUAUGUCCCAGAAAUACAGGGGCUUGAAAUGCUACGAAGGGAGAGCAGCUCUUCUUAAUGAGUUUUUUCAAAGAGAAUAAAAUCUCUGGGAUAACCAUUUGGGAAACUCCACCAAGAGGUAGCUCAUUGAAUUCUCCAGAACUGGAGAUGAGUAAUAGUUUGUGUAGAAUCUUCUGAAAUAUAUGGGGGAAAGGGCUCUUGAGCGCUGCCUAUAUUCCCCUGGGGAUAAUCCCCCUAGAGCCCAAUUGAAGAGUAAAUUAAAUUCCACUCUGAUGCAAUCUUUUCCUGUUGCCUAAUAUAUCAAAAAAAAGGAAGCUUCUGGAAUUGUGUAUGUGUAUUCUUAUCCCUAGGGGAAAAUGAAGGAUCUUGGUACCCCUAAUUCUUUAUGGAAAUGUUUAAGAUUAUUUUAAUUUUAUUACAAAUAUUACUAGAGUAGUGGUUCUGCUCUAAGAUUUCAGAAGUGCUUUUAGAAUCAUAAAUGUUUCUGCCUCCACAUAUAUUGUUAUUUUGGUGGAGAAAAAAUAGUAUAUUCUACAUGAGAAAUAUUAAAGAUAUUAACUAAGAGAAAUGUUCUACUUUGUUAUCUUAACUUUCAGUCAUCCAGAGAUUUAUUAUUUUUUUGAAAACUAUAUUUAACCAUUGACAAAUCUUUACAGUAUAUCACAGAAAUCUUCACAGACUAUAAACAGAUGGAAAGGGAGCUCUAUUGAUUUGUCUACUGGGUCUCAAUGAGAAUUCUGCACUUAGAACAUGAGUGAUGGAAACUUGGAGUUCUUGGUUCUGUAUUUAUAAUUUUGGAGAUUUCAUGGAGAAUGCGGAAAAAAUCUAGGGGAAAAAUCUCAAUUUGUAAUUUAAAAAAUAUAUAUUUAUAUUUAAAAGAUAGAGGUAGCAAAGUUGAAUUUACAAUUUGACCUUUGUUUUUUAGUGUUAUUUAUUUCAUAACUUAUAAAAUAUUUAAUAUAUAUGUGUACACACAUUUUUUCCUGUACAUACUGGUUUUAAUAGUAGCUUUCAGAACUGAUCAUACAAAAAUUACAAAUCUGAAUUACAAAGUAGUUAAGUUUUAACAGCCCCUCAAAAAUUUUGUAUUGAUUAUUCACUUGCUGAAGCUAAAGAAAUUAAGAAUCAGACAUCAGUGUUUGGGUGGUAAUAUAUUUUGGAAGUGAAGAAAUUGGAACACCUGAUUCUAAUUUGGCCAUCAUUAUAACCUUGAAGAAGAAGAAGAAGAAGAAGAAGAAGAAGAAGAAGAAGAAGAAGAAGAAGGGGAAAAGGAGGAGGAAGAACAACCACCAAGUGCUGUUCACAGCCCUGGGCCAGGUGGCCUAAACAUAUAGUAGCCUGAAGGCACUCAGAUUUCACGUGCUCAGACCAGGGCAGGGUAAAAAGUCUGUUUCUUCUCAACACAGUAUCAGGAAACACUGCCCCUCUAUGUUGUUAUCUUUUUGUCAAGGUAAGUCUAGUUAAAAAAAAACUUCUUUGGAAAGGGAUGAUGGAAGGAAUACUUUAAAUGCAAAGGAUUACAGAAUUUGAAUUGGCAUACAUGUAUUUGUAUGCAUCAAUAAUCCAAUAAUAUAUGUAUUACCACUAUGAUCUUUGGUUUCUAAUAGUCCUUUUAGCCUUAUAUAUCAUAACCUUUUCCAAAAUUUUAUUUAAAAUAUUUUUCUUGUCUUCAAAAUUAUACUUGUGUAGUCCUAAGGCCAAGAAAUGUACUAGAGUUUAUUUUGAAUGAUCAGCCCACUCCCAAAUUGAAAAGCAUAAGCCUAGCUAAAAACAGUAUCUAAGACUCUAAUCACAACUUUUUAAAAUAACCUGUAACCAAAACUCACACUUAGGAAAUUAAUGGAAAAGACUAAGCCCCAAGUUUUGAAAAGCUUUUUUUUUUCUCAGCCUUACUUGAAGUGCUGCUAAAGGUAUGAGGGUCCAUUAGUGGGAAUAAUUGAAAUGGCAGUCACAGGUAAAAGUUUUUAAGGGAAGGGGUCACAUGACCUUCAGGAGACUUCUUCUAUCUUCUUUUGGGUGCUUUUCUCUCUCCCCAUGUCUUUCUGUCUCUCUCUGUCUCUCCCCCUCCCCUCAAUCUCUCCUUUCAUUCUGUCCCUCCUCCCCCUCCCCUUCUCACUAUCACUCUGCCUCAUUCUGUGUGCACACACUGGCAACUCUUUGAACGUUAAAAGUAAGCACUGUUUGUUGGGUCAGAUAUUUUUAUCCUGAUUUAAUAAUGUCACUGAGAUGUAGCCAAUGAAAUAGUUUUCAUAGUUAAAUAGUGCCUAUAAGAAAAUAAAUCACAUGUUAUUUUUCAAAGAUAUUAAGUGUAUUUUAUAACUAUUUUUAUUUGGUUCUUGUAACAUGAAAAUAAUACUCAUUCUUAUCAGUAAAAGCAGGCUAGUCAUGGAGAUCUAUCUAGAUUGCCCUUAAUAAAAGCAUGCUUGGCAUGAGUUGAUAGCCCUUUCUGAGAUGGAGUCUCAGAGCCAGCUUCAUGAGCAUGCACUUCAUGUGGCCCCUCAGGGUCCUGCACUCAGGCACCCAUGCUUGGUCAAAGGCUCUGCUUGAAAUUCUUAAUAAUUUUUUUAACGACGAAUCCUGCAAUACCAUUUUGCGCUGGACCCUUAAAUAUGUAGGGUAUCCUCAGCGGGAGGGAAGUUGACUGAGGACAAGACAGGAGUUGCUUUAGUCUGGGUGAACACUUGAUCUGGUGAUCAGUUUUAUUUGUGACUGUGUUACUCUGGGCAGCAUUUGCUUUUUUUUCUCAGCUACAUUUCAAGUUCCUUGUGUACGUCUGUUCCCCUCUUACUGCCAGUCUAUCUAACCUGUCCUUCUGUCCUACCUAGAACCAGUUCUCCUUGUCUUUAAAAUUCCCAGGAAAUGACAGUCCCUUGACACAGGAACCAUGACAAUGGCUUUACCAAUUUAUUUCAACCCUAAGAAUUAUUCAGAAUUUUUUUAAUGAUCCAGAUGUUUUCAGUCUGUAUUCAUAAAACAUGGUCCCAUGAUGUAACAUAGGUAAACUAAACCAAAGAUUAAAUGCCUUGGAGGAAAGGAAAUUUUAUUUUAGGGAAUCCUGAGAUAUAUUCUUUUGGGCUUAUUUGUUUUGAGGUCUAUCGUAAAACAAAGAGGAUUGUUGGCACUUUAAUUACAACUUCCUAUAAUACUUCACAGCCCCUAGCAUGAGACUCUGACAUUUGUCACAGGUCAUACCUCAUCUGAUGCAGGGGUUUAUAGUGGUUGCACGAUGCUUCUGGGCAACUGCUCUUCAAUGGGACUAAAUGAGAAAAUCCAAACUGUUCUAUACAAACCCACCUACAAAAGCUAUAAUUGGAGGGGGAAUAAAAACAAAUGUGUGGUUUCUUACUGUCUCUAUUAAACAUUCCAGGCCCCUCAGGUUGACAAGCCACAUUCAGCUGAUAGUUGAGAACUAAUCCCUCACACAUACAGGCUCUCAAGCCUGGCUGGGCUGUAGGAUCACCUGGGGACUUUUGGAAAUCUCUGAGAUGCUGGCUGCCCAGGUUAAGAUGCUAAUAUGCAGCUAGGCUGCGGAACCACUGUGGGCUAACAACUUUAAUGGACUUUUAUAACCCUUCUCAAGUUGUGCUUUUAAAUCUAGGCUACAAUGAGCCAAAGAAUUCUAAAGAAUAAUUUAUGGCACAGUUGAUUGGUUGAGACUAUUGUUUCAAGAUUGACAGACAGGUCGGUUGGGUAGGGUAAUUUGCACUUGUGGCAGUUGGACUAUAAUUUGACCUUACAUUUUUAGAAUUCUUGGUCCUCAGAUGGAGAGGAAUUGCCAUUUGUAUACACCAGACAAGUCACCCAGUAUGCAAAACUCAGAAGGUGUUCAUGGCAUAGAGUAUAUUCCUAAACCUACGUCUCUCUUUUGGUUAUACGCAUGUAAACUUUGGUUAAUUAUUUCUUAAUUGUACUCAUUAGAAUCAGUUUUUGAGGGGAAAAUGAAAAAACUUUUGCUCUGAUGUGUUAAGGAUUUGCCUCUUACGUUAAUCAACCUAUAGGAUAUUAGUAACAACAAUCAAGGCAAAUGUAGUUGUAGGUGGUUUGUUUGUUUUUAAUAUUUCACCUAGUUUCCAGAUCACAUUUACUUUGAUUAAAUGGCAUGUUGUUAUCCCAACGAUGACAAAAUGUAAUUAUCUGACAUCUUUUGGCAUUUUAAAAGAGUAUAGACCUAUCAAAUCUUGCAUUUAGGCUGCAAUUAAGAUAAAAGCUUACAAUGCCAAAUACACACACACACACACACACACACACACACACACACACACACAAGGAAACAUUAUAACUUUUAUAAUUAUUCUUGAAGUUUUGAUGUAAAAAAAUAUGUUGAACAGUUCUUCAAAAAAUAGCACUUCCUCCAUUAUUUUUGUUUUUAGGAGCCAUUAACUUAAAGGGAAGAAAUAAAAUAACUAUAAUCAAAGGAGUGGUUUAAUAUCAGCAAAAUAAAAUGAUGCAACAGAAUUGAUGAUAUUCAUGUCAGUCAAAUGGCUCAUAUAAAAAUGUGUUCUUUUUAUCACCAAAGAUCCUUUCAGUUAAAAUCUUUUAGGGCAUGUAGCUUGUAAAAUCAGUGUCCAUCACAAUAUAUGGUCACGAUUAGUUUGUAAGUGUAGAUCAUCAUUUACCCCAAAAUGGAAAGACAUGUCUAUGUCCAGAAAUCCCGGAGUUUCUUCCCAUUCUCAGGUGGUUCAAGUGGAGUGUAUUUAUGUCACAUUGGGAAGUUUCCAGUGUGUAUAACAUGCUUUUGGGGUUGCCUUGCUAGCCCAAAGAGGGGUGCACCAGUCCAAGAAUCUGGAAAUCUGGGUGGUAGACCUGUACUGCCCUGGAGGAACUGCCUCACCCUGGGCAGGCUGCCUGGUGUUUCAGUCAUGUUUUUCACCCAGUGAGAGACUAGUUCGUUCUGUGAAACUAUCAAGCUCUAAGUGUCUCCUGAAUCCAGAUUGAAAGCCCUUUACAUCGAAGAGAUAACUGAUUAGUGUUGCCCUUCAUUUUAGAAAUUCUUAAGAUAAUCACCGCAACAAAACACAUACACAAACAACCAUAAAAGGGACUGCACUGCCCAAGUGCUUUAACAUGGCAGAGACACUCUUAUUUUGCAGUCUGUACACAUGAAAAUGAAGUGAUUUUGUUAUGUUUCUGGGGAAAAAGUAUUUUUAAAAAUUUCCUCCUAAGGAAUUAAAAUAUCUGUAGAAGCCAUGGCUUGCUUUUCUAACGUGGAAAUUAUUUGCCUUGCAGAUCCCUCCUUUUAUCAGGGAGAAAAUGUCUUGCAGCCUGUUCUUUGUUCAUGUUUUUGUUUCCUACUUUGAUCAGUUGUAUAUAAAUGUACAUUUUUGUUACUUUCGUUGUGCCAGUUAGAAAUCUACUUCCCAUAAAGUAUUUCUCCCAUUUAAGUCCAAUUAUGUACACUUUGCCUAGGUCUUUCCAAAAUAAAAUUUAUGUAAAUGUUUAUUUUAUAUAAAAUAUAAUGAAAAUAAUUAUGUCUC